AUGCCGCAAAACAACACGUCGUCGUCGUUCCUCGGACGCCUAACGACUUCGACGAGAUCGAGUUUUCUGUCAGCCAAGGAUGUUCGGUGCAACGUUCAUUUAUUGCACGACUCUGAUAUUAUUGGUAACGAGUUUCCGAGAACACAAUCCGCUCAAACGAUCCUGGAUUACGUGUGCGAAAUGAAACAUAUUCAAGAGAAAGACUUUUUAGGUCUUCGGUAUCAGGAUCACAAUAAGCAUCGUUACUGGCUCGACCUUUCUCGAUCUAUCGGACAUGUUGUUAAACAGUUUCGAACCGAAACAAUGACACUUCACCUCCGUUUUCGUUAUUAUCCAUCGGACCCUACACAUCUCCGAGAUCCAAAUCUAAGAUACCAACUAUUCGUCCAACUUCAAAGAGAUCUCCUUCACGGACGCCUGUACUGCCCGACGUCUUCUGCUGCCGAACUUGCAGCUCUCAUUUUGCAAACACAAUUGGGAGAUUAUGAUGAAGAGAAACACAUUGGAAACUAUGUGAGCGAGUUCAAGCUGCUUCUCAAACAGACACCGAAAUUAGAAGAACGAAUUGCUCAAAAUCAUAAACAGAUGAGAGGGAAGUCCAGCGAUGCUGCAGAAUUGGAGUUUCUGGAGAAAGCAAGCCAGCUCGACACCUAUGCAUUUGAUCCAUACACCAUCAAGGAUCCACAGGACUCUGGACCAGUGUAUUUGGGCGCAUCUUGCAAAGGCAUCCUAGUAUAUGCUGGGCAGGCACGAACCCAUAACAUUGACUGGAGCGAACUGGUUAAAGUCGACUACUCGGGAAAGGAGAUUCGUUUAACACUGUCGGAAUCCUAUCGAGGGCAAAUCACAGCUGCAGGAACGCCAACAGGUACCCUCAAUGGACAUGGACCAGGAUCUCCGAUUUCAGGAUCAAGUGGAAUGGAUAAAUAUCAAGUGAAGAAACCAAUGACAUUGAAGUACACUUGCCCAUCUUCUCAGUUUGCGAAACAUCUCUGGAUUCAUAUCCUGUCACAACAAGCCUUUUUCAAUGAAGAUUCGGCUCGAGAUGUUAAACUGAAAUUCUCCAAGCCACGCAUCCCAUUGCUAUCUCGAGGAUCAACAUUCCGAUUCCCGUCCAAACGCGUCUACAAAGAAAUCGAAGAGGAAGAUGUUAAAUCAAUUCAGUUCGAUAAAAGUAUUCUAGAGACAUCUGCAGUUUUCAACGAAACAACCAUGUCCAAUGAAAACGAAGAAUCUAUUCUAAACUGCUCGUCUUUGAGUGUUCCAACGUCAUCUUGCUCCGGAGUCGUACGAUACGAACUACCACGCCAGACACCACGUGCUGAGCAACCAUGGUUGAAGCCUUCUCACCUAAAAAUUUCCGGACAUGAUAACACUGACACGAUCGCAUCCAGUUCUUCAUCUCCUGAUAGUUCUGAGCAUCAAAACAACAACCUGUCGAAGAUCACAAAUCUGAAUGUGUCGAUGGAUGCUGGAGGAUCUUCAUCACCGGAAUCUACCUCUCCAAUACCAAUUGUUCAUACUCAACAGCAUGCAGACCAUAAUUCAACAAGUUUCACUGUGCAUCUGAUCAAGCGAGAAGAGAUCGCCACGUCAUCAUCAUCUUCAGGAACGAUUUAUGGAGUCCCGCUUCACCAGACACGAGCACAGACCUUGGAGAAUAAAUUCAACGAGCUUGUGGAACGAGAAAUGGACAUAGGACGACCAUUGGCUUCUAGCACUCCUAGAUCUGCAAAGCAAAUUCUGGAAAAGAACGGGAACGGCAAGUUGGCAAAUGGAGGAUCUUCAUCAUCUGCUGAUAAAAAGUCAGUUCACACCAAUGGAAACAUACUCAUAAGCACAGAAGAGAAACAGGACUCAAUUUUAAGCUCGUCAGAAGAAUCCAUGACCACUCAGAAGAGUUUGGUAUCUCGUGUGGCCAACACAUGCUUCGUCAUUUUCCUCAUUCUUCUUCUCCUUAUCGCCGUAGUUAUUGUCUUAUUCGAGCGAUCCGACGGCUCAGCUCACAACGAUUUUAUUGAGAACAAUCGCGCUUUAUCGGACCUCCGACACUUGUAUUACGAACCAACUCGUCAUUAUGUAGUUGGACAGUACCGGAAGUAUUUCGGGCCAAAAAUCUAA